AAUUCAAGUUAGUGUUGACGGUGAAGUGCUCGGGAAAUAAUCGUUGAUUUUUAUUAGGAAGAACUUUGAGAAAAAAGUCUUUCUUUAUCUCAAAAUGUUACUUCCAUUUCUUAUUUUUACAUCAAUAGCAGCUCUUAUUUACUAUAUUUAUCAAUAUGGAACUAAAAAUGAGAAUUUUUUCUUGGAGAAGGGUAUCAAAUUUCAAAAACCAACGUUCCUUUUUGGAAAUUGCUUCGAUAUGGUGAGAAAUAAAAUUGGAUUCUUUGACUACAUGCGGUAUAUUGGGGAAAAAUUCCCGAAUGAAAAAAUCAUUGGACAUUUUGAUUUUCGCUCACCCCUCUUCGUUAUCCUUGAUCCUGAGAUUGUAAAGUACCUUGCUGUAAAGGAAUUUGAUAACUUUUGUGAUCAUCGGUCAGUCUUUGAUGAAAAACAAGAUCCCUUAUUUGGAAAUUCAAUCUUCUCAUUAAGAGGUCAGAAAUGGAGGGAUAUGAGAGCAACUCUCAGUCCUGCUUUCACAGGAAGCAAAAUGCGCCAAAUGUGCGACCUAAUUGUGGAGAUUUGUGACCAAAUUGUGGAUUUCAUGAAGAAGGAAGCCGAAGAGAAAGGACCACAAACUUAUGAAAUGAAGGAAUUUUUCUCCAAAUUUGGUAAUGACAUCAUUGGCACGUGCGCGUUUGGGGUCAAAGUUAAUUCCUUCACAAAUAAGGAAAAUGAUUUCUAUGCUUGUGCUUCGAGGCUAUUUAAUUUUACAAGCUUCAAAGUUCAAUUAAAAUUAAUUUUAUUCAGACUUUGUCCUAAAAUAAUGGAAUUAUUUAAGAUCCCUCUUUUUGAGGAGAAUGAUCGGAAUUUCCUGAAGAACCUCGUGUUGGAUACAAUGAAAGUCAGAGAAGAGAAGAAAAUUAUUCGUCCUGAUAUGAUUCAUCUCCUUAUGGAAGCUCAGAAGGGUAAUCUGACGCAUAAUGAUAACGAUAUGGACACGGCAGGAUUUGCAACGGUUGAGGAAUCUGAAAUUGGUUUGGUAAAGUCCAAGAGAAAAUGGUCAGACGAUGAAUUAGUUGCUCAAUGCUUUCUCUUCUUCUUGGCUGGUUUUGAUACAUCAUCAACCGUUCUUAGCUUUCUCUUCUACGAGAUCGUAGCUAAUCCUGAUGUUCAGGAGAAACUCUAUGAGGAAAUAUCUGAAGUACACGCAAACCUCGAAGGAAAACCACUAAAAUACGAAACUCUUCCCAAACUAAAAUAUCUCGACAUGGUUAUAUCCGAGGCACUGAGGAAAUGGCCAGUUCAAGCAGUUGAUCGUGUUUGUAUCCGAGACUUUACUUUCAAGUAUGAUGGCGAUAAGGAAUUUACAUUCCACAAGGGUGAUGCAUUCUGGGUUCCAAUUCUUGCAUAUCACUACAAUCCUGAAUACUUCCCUGAUCCCGAUAAAUUUGAUCCUGAACGUUUUAAUGAUGAGAAUAAGGAAAAGAUCAAUACUUCGACCUAUCUUCCUUUUGGAGUUGGACCUAGGAAUUGUAUUGGCUCUCGAUUGGGACUGAUGAACUUGAAGGCUAUAGUUUUCUACAUUGUCCUAAACUUUCAUUUGGAAGCAACAGAAAAAACUCAGAUUCCCAUUCAAUUGGCUAAGAACUUGCUAGGACUCCAGCCUGAAAAAGGAAUUCAUAUUCUAUUCCGUCCAAGGAACCAAAAGAAAUUGGAUUAAAAAUCUUAAAAAUUUUCCAUAAAUUUUGAAGCAAUUGAUAGCACUGAAGCACUGCACUGAAUCUAAUCUACAUUUGAAACUGUGUUAGUGCGUGAAAACUGAAUACUUACGUAUGGCAUUUAUAUUCACAAAAAACAAUUAUUUUGCUUGUAUUGCAAAGUUGUUAAGAAUAAAGAGGAUUUAUUCAAAUAUUCGCAAAUUAAACAAAAACGCAUUGACAAAGUGACACAAUCAGCACAUAUUAUUCUAAAUUGGAAUUCUGAGUUCUUCUAAAUGUUAACCUUGACUUUUUGCGAAUAAAAUAAUAAAAAUUUUCAAUUUAGUUUAAAAUUUGAAACCCAUUCUCAUCCUAUCUGCGGAUUAGAGGUUCAAAAUUUUCACAUAGUCAUCGUGCAUUUAAACAUAGUGGAGCAUAUGGUGCUCCAGUUGAUCCAUUUUUAAAACAUAAACACAUAAAGUGUGCUUUUCAUUAGUUUCCCCCGUUUCCCCAUCUGAUUAUAUGUAAGAAUGGAUGAUAAAGAGCUUAAAAGCAACCCAAGAAAAUACAUAAAAAUAUAAUUAGAAAUUUGGAGAGUGUGUGUUGAUUUAUUUCUUUAAGAAGAAUAUGUUGCAGCUAUAUCUAUUUCAGUUUACGUACAAAACUGAAUUUCUGAUAACAUAGAAUGAUUCUUGUAGUCCCUAUUUUGAUAGAAAAGGUGUUUCGUCAAAAAGAAUUAUUUUAAUUUUAAAACUUUCAGUUAAUUCUUGAAUUUAUAUGCUAAAAAUGCAAAUGUAAGAUGAGAUUUUUUUUUAAUGAAAUAAAACAUUGUCUAACACACUGA